CCUAAGAAUGCCGACAACCAUGGUCAGAAAAAGAAAAAAAUAAAAUAAAAUCCUUUUUUUAUAUCAAUAAUAAAUCAACCAUUAAUUUAUUUGUCUCUCUUUUCAACUUUUUUUUCUUAAAAAAAAAAAUAUAUAUGAUUACUGUAUUACGUACAGAUUUACCAAAAUGCCCAGGCUUUUUCUUGUUUGCAGGUGCUGCUCCCAUGUCCUCCAUUUCAAACCUCUCAAACCCACCAACGCGAUUUGUUCAACUCUCAAUCUCUGAUCCUCUGCAACGAAAACCCAUGGUUGAUUACAUGUACCUUUGCUUCUGAGCUUUAAAUUUAAUGGUCUACGCACUAAUUAUUUGUAUAUUUCUCUCAAAUUCUUUUACUGGGACUAUUUUUUCUGAUUAUUUGAGACUCUCUUCGACUCGGUCCACAUUGAUUUGAACUGAUUUUGGUAUAAUAACUAUAGGUUGGUUGUUCUUGUAUCGAUUCUUCGAUAUAAAUUGAUUGCAUAAGUGUUCAUACAAUGCGGAUCUUUUUCUCUGAAUCUUGGUGGUAUGAGUUAUAGAUAUGAUGAACAAUUUCAAUAGAAGCGUGUCCUUCAACCGUAGGGUUUCGAGUUUGAGCAGCCCAAGAGUGAAUCGAAAUAGCUGUUCAAGAUUGUUUAUUGUGCUCAUCGUCAUUGGGUCUGUGGUUUCCUUCUCUUUGGCCUUAGGUGGUGGGUACAUAUAUGUCCUCCCCAAUUUAGCUCGUUCCUUUCAUGGGUAUUAUGUUUCCGAAUCCGAUGGUUCUUGGGAUGCCUGCAAUGUGUUUGAUGGAAGUUGGGUAUUGGAUGACAGAUACCCAUUGUACAAUGCAUCAGAAUGCCCUUUUGCAGAGCAAGGAUUCGAUUGCUUGGGCAACGGACGGAGGGAUGAAGAUUACAUUAAGUGGAGAUGGAAGCCCAAGAAUUGUGACAUUCCAAGAUUCAAUGUGCAGAGUGUUUUGGAAAUGCUUCGAAGCAAAAGGAUUGUUUUUGUUGGUGAUUCAAUGAGUAGAACACAGUGGGAGUCUUUGAUUUGUUUUCUUAUGACUGGGGUCGAGGAUAAGAGGAGUGUUUAUGAAGUUAAUGGGAAUAAGAUAACAAAACAAAUUAGGUUCUUGGGUGUGAGGUUCAGUUCCUUUAAUUUCACUGUUGAGUUUUUCAGAUCAGUGUUUCUUGUGCAACACAAUUGGGCUCCUGAAAAUGGUCCAAGGAGGGUUAGAUCAGCACUUAGAUUGGACAAAUUGGAUGAUAUUAGCAACAAGUGGGUUGAUUCGGAUGUUCUUAUAUUCAACUCCGGACAAUGGUGGGUGCCGGGGAAGCUUUUUGAAACGGGAUGCUAUUUCCAGGUUGGUAAUUCUCUGGAGCUUGGAAUGUCAAUUGCUACUGCCUUCAGAACGGCACUGGUCACUUGGGCAUCUUGGGUUCAGACCAUGAUUGACACAAAUAGAACAUAUGUCUUCUUUCGAACUUUUGAGCCAUCUCAUUGGAGUAAUCCAGCUCUUAGGUUAUGCAAAGUGACCGAUCAACCUGAGUCAGAAAUCAGAGGGAGGGACCAAAACCUAUUUUCAGACAGCAUAUUGGACGUGGUAAAGAAUAUGACAGUUCCUGUUACUGUUCUGCAUAUAACUUACAUGUCAGCUUUCAGAAGUGAUGCACAUGUGGGUACCUGGAGUGGCAAUACAUCUGUGUCUGAUUGUAGCCACUGGUGUCUACCUGGAGUACCUGAUGCAUGGAAUGAAAUUGUCCUCUCAUAUCUGCUAGCAAACAAUAAGCAUCCACUACUCCGAUGAAUGCAGGCAUCAAAUUCGUCAAGCUGCUGGGUGACAUACGACCUACAUUGUACGUUUUAAUCAAGUAAAAUUCUUUUCCUCUGGCAGCAGCCAAAAUAUUCUGCAAUUUUCAAGAUAGCAGCAAAUUGCUAACCGAGGUUCCCAGUACUGUUGAGAUUAAACAACUUUGUAACGGAAAUUGCCAUUUUUUUAUUUUUUUGGGGUCUGAAAUUUGCCCUCUGAGGUGUUGUUCAUUAAUCAAAGUUUAAGUAAUGACUACGCAAUUCUUUUCUUUUCAUGAGAAAGGGGCCUGAAAUUUGCCCUCUGAGGCGCAACAUUUGUUUUUUUGUUCAUUUAUAUUCAUUUUCUAAUGCAAUUUUUGUUCACAACAGAAACAGUACAUAAAAAACAGGGAAUUCACUGUUGUACUUGCUUUUCUUCUGCCCUUU